GACCUCAGGGAGCUGAGGUUGCUGAAUGUGAGGAACAACCAAUUGGUUGGUUUACCUACCAGCAUACAGAGGCUGACCAAGCUUGAAAGGCUGUACUUGUUUGAAAAUAAACUAACUGAACUACCUGCUGAGAUUGGUGACCUUAGGGAGCUGAGGACGCUGAGUGUGAGAGACAACCAUUUGAUUGAUUUACCUACCAGUAUAAAAAGGCUGACCAAGCUUGAAGAGCUGGAGUUGACUCGAAAUAAACUAACUGAACUACCUACUGAGAUUGGUGACCUCGGGGAGCUGAGGUUUUUGAGUGUGAUUCAUAAUCCUUUAACUGUUGACGGAAUAAGAUCUACCCUGAAGUUGAGGAAGGAAGGAGUCUUUUUAGUUGGCGGUGUUGCAGGUGAGCAUAGCGGAUAUGUUAGUUAUUUGGAAGUUCGAAAAAACCGAGAUAAAUUCUAAUAUUUGCCUGGGGAAGGGAAGUCAGUUUUGUUUUCAGUUAUGGAGGGUUUCGCAAAUUUGAUUGUUUGAGAAAUCAGGAUAUGCUCCAACUGUAGUUUUAAUAUUAAUGGUAAGUUUCUUGUACGCAUUAAUUCAUUUUAAUUAAUUCCUCUGUUUUAAAAUAUCAAAUCAGCUGUGAAAAAUAGCAAUUAUAAAUUCAUAAUUAUGGGAAUAAGCAUUGAAACAUAAAAAAGUAAAAGAUAAAUGACAAGAUUCCGGGUAAUAUCUGUGGUUUAUGAACACCAAACGUUGUAUUCCAUCGAGUCCGACGUUUGGUCGACAUGUCGAGGGUCGAGGGUCGAGGGUACUUGGGCGGCAUCCACAGCUGAUUUUUGUCUAGGAUCAGGAGCCUAUUACCGCUGCUACGAUUCAUUUUUUUUAAAUUUUAAGAAAAUACAGAUACUAAAGCGCGAAGUGAGCGAGGAGCGUCAGACAUCCAAAAAUUCAGUUUUUUUAGAAAAGUCAAGUUUUGUCAAGUUUUAACAAAAAUACACUAAAAAUAAACGCGCUUCCUGAUAGACGAAUGACUUAGCCCACUUUAUUAUAUCCAAAGCCCCGACUAGGGGAGUAGCUGGUCACGCAACGCAUGCUUCAAGGAUUUUAAUCAGGUUGCUUGAAAGAUGCAGGUAGAAUUUGUAUUUUUUUAUUUCGCAAGAAUUUUUAUUUUCGGUCACGGAAGUUGCGCAAAAUAUAUUAUACCAACCUGUAUGAAUUUUUUCGGGGCAUUUCCACUUCCUCCCCCAACCACGAAUCACGGACUUUCGAUUCCAAAAAAAAUAAGUUACGAAAUCUUAUGAAAAAACCUUGCAUUACAUGCACACAAAUAAGGCGAAAAUGAGAAGUAAAUUUACGUCAACCGUGGUUGAGCUUUUUCUGGACCGGUCGUGACGCUUGCGUUACGCAGAAAGCACGAGAAAUAUUCUUUCUUUUUCUUUUCACGAAUUACGGCAAAGAAAAAGCCAAACAGUUUAUGAUGAUACUAGGAGACCACGAGGCGGCGCAUUUCGUAAGACAGGUAGUUGCAGUGAUGCAGUUUUUCACGAAAAACAAGGCAAAUUUGGUUAAAAUAACAGCAACCUGGAAAUGAUUGGCCCAUAGUAGUCUCUGCGAUCUUGGGCGUCACGUCCGCUGUUCGCGCACUUGGUUGUUGGGGUAGAGAAAUAUUAUUAAUUUUAUCUUGUGUAUGUAUUUUAAACUGUGCUGAAACGUCUCGGAAUUUUCGAGGGAUUUAUAUUUGGUGUUGAGAGUAUGCUUAUUGUUCUAGCUAAUGACGAGUCCCACUAAAGCACAAUAAACACUAGUAAUAUCGUGAUUAGGGUUGGACUAUUAGAAGUUGGGUGAGGGAGUGAAAUAUUCCCCCCCCCCCCCCCCCCCAUAAAAAAAGAAAAAAAAAUAAACAAGACAAAACAAAAAUCGUUCGAGGUAAAAUCUUUCGGAAAAAACCGUUGCGUGACGAGCUUGUCGGGGCUGUGGAUAAACGAGACUAUCCGAAGCGCGUUUAUUAUUUUCAGUGUAUUUACUCUAAAUACCGCCACGAAAGGUUGUCAACAUUCUGAGUCAACGCUGAUAAAAACUAAGCUCUUGCGUGUCUGACUCUCCUCACUCGCUAAAAAAACGCGAAAGAAAAAUUUAAAAAUAUAGAAAAAAUAAAAAUGGACCCUCGACAUAGUACCGUCGACCCCCAACGUGUUACCCUCGACCCUCGACCCUCGACCCUCGACAUCUCGACCAAAAGUCCGCACUCGGAAAUGAGUACAACCAAAAACUACCCAGAGAGGGUAGCGUGGGAAAACUAGUAAAUACUGCUACUUAUGACUGUUGCGAGCCGAGCUAUCUUGAAAGUGUGUCUAUAAGAUGCUGGGCCUCAAUUUAAGGUGGCUCCCUAGAGUGUUUACUAAUAACCCUAGCUAUCUAGCAUACGAUACAAAAGGAAAUCUAGUUACUUUGUCUUUGCGAUUUGGUUCACGAAAUUCACCGCUGAGUUUACUCAUGUAAAAAGGCUCCUUUAUCAAGUUUCAUUUUCUGGAUUAAGGCCGUUGCCAUGGCAACAUCGCAUCCUUAAGCAAGCAGUAAUUUUGUCAUUUUUGAUCAUUUUUUCUUAAUGUUUAUUAUUUCCCUCGGUGAAAUGUCAUUAAACGUUGCCACUUUAUGUUAACGAUAUUGCUUAACAUUUUAAAGUGGAAAAAACAUGGGGUCGUUAAGACGGUUUCGCCAAUAUUUUGAAAUUUGUAACUUUUCUUAAUAGAGGAGUUUAGCUCUUACAGAUUUUAACAAGAAAAGGACAGUACAAAGGAACUGCAACUGUUAAGAAAUGAGGCGAUUUUUAAAAAAAUUUACCGAAGGAAACGCGAGAAAUUCACGGUUAAUUAACUGCGCUGACGUCACAAAAAUCCGAAAAACACGCGUGGUUCGGGGUCGUAUGAGCAAAAUACGCGCGCGAGCCAUCACGCUCGCAUGCGCAUAACGCACAUAGCUGAAAACAUGUGAUUUCUUCGAAAAGUACGAAAGCCAUUGUUAAGCUGUUUAUCAGUAUUAUUACGGUGAUAUCUCGGCUGUUGAAAAAGGAGAGAUAGUGGAUUCAAUUUUAUACCAAACACUGGAUGUUUUCUUCGAAGUACUUAACCAUUGUAGCCAAAAUUUGAGCCAUGGUGGUCACUACUCGUGCGGAUGGCGAUCAUCGGAGAUGAAGACGGUGGUUUUGCAAGGAUCGCGAUAAGGCCUUAAUUUCUUAAUCUGCUGUACCGACUGUUUACAGAUCUUCAAAUGCCAGGCCACUUCCGGAUACUUUUUCAACCUUGUUCCUCUUUAGGGAUAAUUUCCACGGCGAAGUUUUUCUUUAAAAGCCUGCUGUAAAAGAUGGCGCCCAUCUAAAAAAAGUACAUCACGUCCUCAGCUGCACGUACAAGACCGUAGUUCUCGACAGAUAACCUAAUAUUGCUUUCAUCAAGGGUCAAUCUGUGACUCAAAAAUUAUUUUUCGUUGUGCAACAACUUUUUUAGUGCACCUUGCGCGGUAAAGAACUUUUGAAAAGUAAAAAGUACAAGGAUGCAAGUUAAGUAGGAAACCUUUCUUCUGAUAAGUUUUUUAAACAAUGUGAUAGAGUCGGCAAAACAAAACAAAAAUUACAGUUGUUGUAAUCUUGCCUUAAAGCCACUUCUAGAAUUUCUCAAUCAAGUCGAAUGUAAGAGAAAUGAAGUGACCGAGGAACGCCGCCGGUGAAGACAUUCUUCAGUGGUUGUUCCAGACUUUGCUCGAUCUUUCAGAUCUUUCCACUGACCGUGAACCAAAGGCCAGAAACAGUAACAUUUCUUCCUUUUGGGUUAGUGUACUUAUUUCUUUGUUUUCUUUUUAAAGUUUCCAUUCACCAUUUACUUCGACUAUUUAACGUUUGUCUACUUUUGAAGCGAAAGAAUUGAUGUCUUUGGAAAAUUUCUGCUUCGUUUUUACAUACAAUUUACUCUUAUGGAGAUCGAUAGUGACUUGUAACCGGUGUAACAUUGUCUCCUCUCAUAAAUGUUUGACCUACACUAAUCAAACUUUUUGCAUGAUGAGCUUCAACAGAAACUUAAUAAAGCUUUUUGGGGGAAAUAUCUCGAAACUGAGAGGCCAUGUUUGUUUUAGCAGAGCUCCACGCGCGAAGCGCGCCUGCGGAACACCAUGGGUAAAUAAAUCUACCCAUCCCAGAAAAUUUGGUAAUCACGUGACCGACCGACCGUCCGUCUGCACCACAGGCAUACCAAUGUUUACUCUCGCACUUUCUAGCUACUCUGGGAGCCCAGGAGAAAGUUGAUUGCACAUCAAUGUUGUCAUCAAUUGACAGCUGUCAAAACAGGGUAUCCGCUGACCAGUAUCACUUGGCCCUAUCGCGGGCUCAGGUGUCGACUCAUCGAGGUCGAGUAUUUUUUGAAGUUAUCCGCUGAAAAUUUACUCGUUUUCAAAUGAUCGCAGGCUCACGUUUACUUUUUUUUAAAUUCAUGUCAAAUAUGUUGUGUUUAUGUCAGUAUCGCACCGCACUAUUACGAUUUUGAUUUCAAACUGACCUCAGACGCAAAAAUUCAGCCAGUUUUUUUGAAAGACAGGCGGGGAAGACAUUUUUUUACCAUGGUUACGUGUUGGUCACGCUCCACGUCCAAUUUUUAUGCUCCGAUUGGUUAAAAUUUGACAGGUGACUUCAUGCGUAAAAUUUAUGCAGCAUCUUGAAAGUUGUUUACUUUGACCGCUGAAGCUGACAGAGUUUUGAGUCAACUUGUGAUGUUUUUAACUGUCUUUUUCCACUGGAUGUACAAAAAGGAAAUACAGCUGCUAUCAAGAGUGUUCUCUUAUUCAUGGCUGGUUUGUUUAUUGGGUUUUUGGUUGAGAAGUGCGUCGCUUGUCAAAGCCGAUAAUCCGAUUUCGGAUGGCAUCGUUUUUGUUUCUCACCUUGCUGGAUGCGUACGAGAAUUAUAAAGGCUCAAGCGAUCCUUGCCUUACUUGAUAGCUUUCAGGAGCUGCAUCUCGAAAUAUGGUAGGCUUAAGAAAUUAUUGUAUUUAAAUAUAAUUUCAUGAAGUCCAGCGGCGCAGUUUAUGAAACUAGUUUAUGCACAUUUGUAUUAAGAUUUGACUGAGACACCGAUCUUAAAAAGCCUUUAGUCGAUAUUAAUUCACCGUAAAUAGAAAGAAAAAACUUUCCGAAGAAUAUUUACUUAUAAUUUUGGCUGUAGAAAGAAAGCCUUGAGCGAUUUUCUUGUCGUGAGUCAUCUUUGAAAACAGCAAACACCGGGAAACCGGCGGCUUAAAACAUUAUGGGUUUCUGCAUAAACUUAAUCUUUAAGCUUGCUAGUAAAGACUUGACGAUUCUUAGACACACUUAAAUACUCAUUUGUUUACGUGAAUGAAAAUUGUUGUCUCUGUAAAUGUUCUACCGAAUGAUAUUUCUUUAUUGAUUGUUGGUAGUCUCAAAAGUGUGAUUUUCAUCGCUUUGCCGUUUGUUUUCAGCCGUUCAUAAACAUCGCUUUCAGGAGUACUCAAAAUGCCAAGCGUCUCAAACGCUUUUUAAGAUUACACAUCGUUAUAAAACCAUUAAUAAUUAAAAGUCCACGCGCGCUUCGAUGGUCCUGAAUAUUGAGUGAAUGCAAUUUGUCUUGAAAGUUUGUGAAAUACUGCAUUUUGUACGAGGUCUGUAUGAUAAAAACAGCGCCUCAUAGUACUCUUUCUCCUCAGAUGUGGUCUAUAAAAAAUAAUAAAAGAUUGGUUUGCACGUACCCAGAUUUAUUGGCAGGAAUUUGUAAACUUGUCGAACGAAAAAAUUCGGUCUGAUUUGUUUUCCAAGACUUUGUUUUCCACGCCUUAUCUACUGUGAUCAAGAGCUAUUAUUGCUCUUAAAUGUGACCGAAGACUAUUUUUUGGGUGUACAUAUUUAACAAUUAUUCUUUGAAAUCGAGGUGAAUAGUGGCAAAAUAUUUACCGAGCCGCGAAAGCGGCGAGGUAAAUAUUCCCAAAGCCACUAUUCACCGAGAUUGAGAAGAAUAAUUGUUUUAGUAUAUACACACGAAGUGAUCUCAACAAAAUCAGAAAGGAAACCAUUCAAAAGUAGGAUUUGAUUGACAGAUCAAAUCACGCGUAAGUUUAAAAAUAGAUCUUUGCAGAAUCUUCAAACAUGGCAAUUCACAAGUUUACUCAUUUCGCAAACAACAGCGUAAUGGCUUCAAUGGAAUCGCUAAAAGUUUGACUUGUUUCCUUACCUGAGAAAAAAAGUAGAGCUGUGUUGUUUUCUGUUGACUCGCCAAGUUUAUAGCCAAAAGGGCAUGUUGUGUCGUUCUUCGCAUGAAGUGCUGACAAAAAUGGCGGCUCGGUUGCUCGAGGUAAGAGGUCGUCUUCCUGUAUCAUUCUUUUUCCUGUUUACUUGAAAUGUAGAAUUUCUGCAAACAUUUCCUUUUGAAUUUGUUUGUCAUAAAUAAACUUCGAUUUUUGAGCCAAAAUUUUCUUCUUAGAAAACGCUGAGUUCACGAAACGGCUUCUUCUACGCGAAUACACGGGAGUUGUAAACAAUCCAUCGGGCACAAAACUCCUGCUACAGUAAAUUGAAAAACGCCGUAUUGAAUCCUUCCAAGUCUUUUCUUGCCUUAAAAAAAGUCAGCCCUAGGAUUUUGUCGACUUUUAAAAGAUCGUUCUCUAAAAAAAACGGGAAAAACACCGAGCUCACACAUUAUCCACUCGCUAGGAGGUGAAUAUUGUUGAAUAGUCCGAGAUAGCGAACCAAUCAGAUUGCUUAAAUCACCAAGAUCACUGAGUGUGUAUAUACUAAAGAGCUAUAUCAACUCGAUACAAGAUUUGUGUCACUCCAGAAUCACUUAGCUUUUCCCUCAAAAGUCACAUGAAUGUGCCCUUAAGUUAACUGAUUUGUGGAAUACAAAAUUAUUCUUCGAUUAAGUUAUAAAAGUAUCAAUGGGAGCUUCGCUUUUAGCUGUGGCUAAAUCUAUUUAGUAUAUACACACUCAGUGAUCUUGGUGAUUUAAGCAAUCUGAUUGGUUCGCUAUCUCGGACUAUUCAACAAUAUUCACCUCCUAGCGAGUGGAUAAUGUGUGAGCUCGGUGUUUUUCCCGUUUUUUUUUAGAGAACGAUCUUUUAAAAGUCGACAAAAUCCUAGGGCUGACUUUUUUUAAGGCAAGAAAAGACUUGGAAGGAUUCAAUACGGCGUUUUUCAAUUUACUGUAGCAGGAGUUUUGUGCUCGAUGGAUUGUUUACAACUCCCGUGUAUUCGCGUAGAAGAAGCCGUUUCGUGAACUCAGCGUUUUCUAAGAAGAAAAUUUUGGCUCAAAAAUCGAAGUUUAUUUAUGACAAACAAAUUUAAAAGGAAAUGUUUGCAGAAAUUCUACAUUUCAAGUAAACAGGAAAAAGAAUGAUACAGGAAGACGACCUCUUACCUCGAGCAACCGAGCCGCCAUUUUUGUCAGCACUUCAUGCGAAGAACGACACAACAUGCCCUUUUGGCUAUAAACUUGGCGAGUCAACAGAAAACAAAACAGCUCUACUUUUUUUCUCAGGUAAGGAAACAGUUCAAACUUUUAGCGAUUCCAUUGAAGCCAUUACGCUGUUGUUUGCGAAAUGAGUAAACUUGUGAAUUGCCAUGUUUGAAGAUUCUGCAAAGAUCUAUUUUUAAACUUACGCGUGAUUUGAUCUGUCAAUCAAAUCCUACUUUUGAAUGGUUUCCUUUCUGAUUUUGUUGAGAUCACUUCGUGUGUAUAUACUAAAACAAUGAGUUUGACUAAUAGUCGCGGGUCGCGGGUCGCGGGUCCAAAGUCGCGGUCGCGGGUCCAAAGUCGCGGUCGCGGGUCCAAUGUCGCGGUCGCGGGUCCAAAGUCGCGGUCGCGGGUCCAAAGUCGCGGUCGCGGGUCCAAUGUCGCGGCAGGGGAAAAUGAUUUGGGGUUCGAGGUAACAGCUGAGUGAAAACGACUGAUAUGAACACAAUAUAAAGGGAAAAAAUCUUUGUUAUGCACAAUACUCUACGGUAGCCAAUUUACAGGUUACGGAUGUUAGAGUCAACAAAAUAAUGUCUCAAGGAAAGACCUAAAAGAAAAAGCUGGCCGACUUUUGUGUUCAGCGCAAGUUUAUUUAUUUUUUUUUUCUGUCGGGCCCAGUUAUGUGUAAAUUCAGCUUUGAAUAUACUUAUGCAUAACAGUAUCUGAUAAAAAAAGUUACCAUAAGUUACCAUUGCUUUCUUGUUGUCGAUGAAUUGCUCACAAAUGCUUAAGGGUUCAAUUACUGAAAAAUAUGCGAUGCACUUCAUAGACUACAGAUUAUAAACGUUACAACAACUUAAAGCCUUUUUUUUAAAAAAAGCGAACUCGGGCUCAAAAAGCUACGAGUCUGUCGGUAGAAGAAACGAGAACUCUUAUAUUUAACAAAUGUUGUCGACAAAACUGAAAGAAAAUGUAAAUAGGCGUAUGAAACUUCAUUCAAGCGGUAUUCAAGGCAUGAAUUUAAUAUGAAAACAACUAAUAAUCCACAGAAAGGAGUCUGUUCCUCGAAGCAAGAUUUUCGCUUAAUGCUUUUAUUUUUACAACUGAGACGGCAACCCAGAGAGUUCAAUAUAACUUCUUGUUCUCUUCACCUAAAUGGCAACCAGGACAACCUGACAAUAGGAAGCCAUUCAAUGUGCGUCUCAGUCAAAUCUUGAAAACAUGCAUCGUAAAUAACUAAGUGAGUAAGUAGGUAAGGAAAUAAUAACGCCCGAUAUCAUGAAGCUGAAAAAGAAAGUAAACCAGACACUGAAAACGGUAAGUUAUCAACUCCACCAGAGUUAAGAAAAGACAAUAAAUUAGGUAAGUAAUUCCAGAUUCCAGGUACUGGAUUCAAGUCUUUGUCAGUAGAACCAAGAGACUAUGAUCUAUUCUCUCUUGGUAGAACUUGGAUUCCGGAUUUCAAUCGUUAUUGGGAACAAACUCCUUUCUGUGGACAAGAGAGGAUAAAGCUGGAGCUUUAUCCCCUCUUGCUGUGGAUUAGUACUUGUUUUUUUAUUAAAGUCAUGCCUUGAAUACCCGCUUGAAUGUACUUUACUGGCACUUCAAGCCCAACGUCUCUCCUCCUCUUUCCAGUUACUUGUGCAAAGAGUUUAUUUUGGGAGUUUGCGACUUUUACGCGGGUAAUCUUUUAGAGGACGGGUAGCUUGCAAACUAAACUGAACGCAGCGUUGUCGGAACAGCAACAAGAAGAUUUAUUCCAAAGAAGAACGUAGUUUCCACUGAGUAAAACUCCACAACAGACGUAACUCGUUAAACUUACGCGGCCUCCGCCAACUUGAAUAAAAACUGCCGUCGUCACACUUUACUAAACACGACCAACGUCAAACUCUCUUCUCUUGUGAAAACUAGUUAAAACUUAACUCGGGCUCGCCUACCUUAUAUACGUUUACAAUAAGAUUCUAGAACUUUCCAAAUAGUCUAAUUAUAGAAAGAUUACAAAAUAUACCGCUUUUAGAAACUCUUACACAAGAUCCUAAAAUAAACAAAUUAUGAACUCUCGCGAAGCUUCUAGAAAGUCACACUAGUCACGAAAUACAAUUUUUCGUAACAGCGACCAGUACACCGACCAGGAAGUUUUUCAACAAGCGUUUUCUUUAUUUUUGCCGAAAACAUUUGUUAAAAUUGAAACAGUUCUCGUUUCUUCUACCGACAGACUCGUAGCUUUUCGAGCCCGAGUUAGCCUUUUUUAAAAAAGGUUUUAAGUUGUUGUAACGUUUAUAAUUUAUAGUCUAUGAAGUGUAUCGCACAUUUUUCAGUGAAUGCACCCCUAAGGAUUUGUGAGCAAUUCAUAGACAAGAAGAAAACAAUGGUUACUCAUGGUAACAUUUCUUAUCAGAUACUGUUAUACAUAAGUAUAUUCAAAGCUGAAUUUACACUUAACUGGGCCCGACAGAAAGAAAACAAAAUAAACUUGCGGUGAACACAAAAGUCUUUUAGGUCUUUUCUUGAGACAUUAUAUUGUUGACUCUAACAUCCGUAACCUGUAAAUUGGCUACCGUAGAGUAUCGUGCACAAAAAAGAUUUUUUCCCUUCAUAUUGUUUUCAUAUCAGUCGUUUUCAAAUCAUUUUCCCCUGCCGCGACAUUGGACCCGCGACCGCGACUUUGGACCCGCGACCGCGACAUUGGACCCGCGACCGCGACUUUGGACCCGCGACCGCGACCUUGGACCCGCGACCGCGACAUUAGACCCGCGACCGCGACAUUGGACCCGCGACCCGCGACCCGCGACUAUUAGUCAAACUCUAAAACAAUUAUUCUUCUCAAUCUCGGUGAAUAGUGGCUUUGGGAAUAUUUACCUCGCCGCUUUCGCGGCUCGGUAAAUAUUUUGCCACUAUUCACCUCGAUUUCAAAGAAUAAUUGUUAAAUAUUAUUUUAGCGUGUACGUCGCGCGGAUUUUAAAGCUCGCGCCAUACUAGUGCUCAGGCUGCGCACGCACGGGCAAUUUAGUCUAGGGAGCCACCUUAAACAAGCGCGCUUGUACUUUUACCGGAAUUGAGUACAAAAGCUAAUCGUAAAAACACCGGAUACUUUGUGAGUAAAACAACUGCAUAAGCCAGACGGAAUAGUACUCAGUCUAUGUAAAACUUGUGCGAUGGUGAAGGCUGUCUUAGUCCCAGAACCCCCAUGUUUGAUAUUUAGAACAGCAUCACAAAUACUGAUGCCAACCAACAAAGGGCCUAUAGCCCGGAAGAUGAUGCCAAAGUGUGUGGUUUUGGAUUCGUUGAUGUUCAGAAUAAAUUUUUUUUUUCUGAGGGACAGGCAUCUUACUUGAAUGCAAACAGCACUUAUAAUUCUGAUGACGCAAAACAUAACACUAUUUUUUACACAUCACAUGCAUGGACACUUCAAGCAAGCUCACGAAAAAACCAAGUUUAAGAUAGCAGCUGGUUUGUUUAACAGUAUCAAAAAAUAACCAACAUUUAGUUAUAUCUGUCACAUUUGAAAUUCAGUAAAAUUAUGUUUACCAUAGAAUUCUUUUAAUAACUUAAAAGACCAUACUGAAAGAUCACAUGAAGGACAAUUUACACUGGUGUAUGACUAAGUCUCUAAUAAAAAUUACCCCCCUCCCCCCCCCCCCACCAAGUGACGUACUAGGUCAGUCAAGUGAACUAGAAGCCAAUGAUUUACUUAUUACCUCUAAGACAUUACUUACCUUGAAGAUGCAUUCAUUUUUUUCACUAGUCCCUUUAGAAAUAGACGCACGCGGGGAGAAAGCACAGCUCGCUUAUCAAAGUGCUCUUAAAGAUGGAGCUGUUAAUGUUUACCGUGGUCGAGUAUUGCUUAUUGGGCAGGAUCGGGCAGGAAAAACAAGUUUGAAGAAGUCUCUUAUUGGUCUACCAUUUAAUAGAAAAGAAAAAAGUACUGAUGGAAUUGAAGUGGAUCCUUCAAAAUUUCAGUUGGACGUUGAUGAAGUCAAGAAUUGGCAACCUAUUGAUGAGAGAAAACGAGGGUUCCUAGGAUGUUCGAAAGAUGUGGCGCAGGUGAUGGUGGAAAAGAUGUUUGAUAUUCCAGUUAGCCGUGACUCGGUUCAGGAGGAGGAAAGAGGUGAAGCAAUAGUUCAAAACGAUGAUAACAAGAAAAGAAAACAGGUUGGUGCUGAUGGAGAAAAGGAAGAAGUUUCUCUUGUGAACCAGGUUUGUCUUUUGUCUUUGAAAUGUGAUAUUUUUUCGUGAAUUCUUCGGUACUGCGAGAAUUCGAACGUCCUAACAGUAAUUAUUAUGAAUUGAUUAUUGCUUUCAUAAGUUAGGUUUUAGUGAGAAACUCACCACGGCUUCCCUGCCCUUUACUUCGAUGUCCGUAUAGAAAAUAUGUAAUAAUUGCCAAAUCGUGGUAAUCGUAGCUCAAUGUUUGAGCUUAUAGAGAAUUUUCUGUCAUCAAAAACAACUUUAAAUGCCUGAAUAAUAGUCGAAUCGGGGGAUGAAGAGGAAUAAUCCGGUGUUUACUGUUCCAGCUGGAAAAUUUACGUUAUUCCAUUAUUCCAGUAAAAAAGAACUCAUUAUUCCGUCGAAAAAACCUACUUAUUCAAUUAUUCCGCCCCACAAAAUGGCGUUAUUUCCUUUUUUCUUACUCCAUUUUUUCUCUUCACCCGCAAAAUCGAGCCAGGUACGGUAAGUCUUCUAGAAUCAGAAUCAACAAUUAUUUUGUUUGUUGUUUUUUCGUACUCUGCUACAGGUUGGUGAUCCAAACGAAGACAGUGUUAGUGAACUCACAUUAACAGGACCUGAUCAUGAGUUAGUGGUUGAUGCUACUUCACCUCCAGAGGAGAUUAAGGAACGAGCAGUUCAGUUGAUAAAGGAAAUACAAGAUGAAGAUUUUAAGCCUGAAGAAUCUGUUGUCAGUAUUGAACUGUGGGAUUUUGCUGGACAGCACCUGUAUUAUGCAUCCCAUCCCGUAUUCCUAUCAUCACGUGCGCUGUACAUCUUGGUGUGCAACCUCAGCAAGUCACUGCAUGACACAGCCAAGCCCUGUGUGAGGCAAGGAUCUCGUAAUGUUGAUUUGAAAAACCCAAAUGGAGAAACAAAUCUUGAGAACUUGUUGUCCUGGUUGUCCACAGUGCAUAGCGUCGCACAAAUGAGAAGAGAAACCUGUGAUGAUGUAGAAAAAGAGGUGCCUCAUUUACGCCCCCCAGUGAUCAUUGUAGGAACCCAUGCAGACAAACCAUUUGAAGACAUUGAAACAAUGAAAACAGAAAUCCAGGAAGCAAUUUCUGGUAAGGACUAUGAAGGACAUGUGGAACGGCCUAUCUUCAGCAUUGACAACACUGCAAAAUUAACUCAAAGAAAGAUCAAGACA